AUGGAGACAGAAGAGAUUGCUAGUGCUAAGAAGAAUUUAGUCGAGAAGCAGUUGGACGGGUUUUAUAAACUGGUAAAACAGGUUUCUCAUGGUCGUCAUCUUGCAUCAUCAGUGAGUGAGCGUACUGAUUCAGGUGAAGUUCUAAGUGUUAAGAAGCUAAUCACCAAUCAACUAGAGGAAUGCAUUGAAGAGUAUAAGAAAAUACCUCUAGAAAUAGAAGACAAAGGAGCCAUUUUAACACGUUUAGAUACGUCUACUUUAAAUAAAGAAAUCAAUGAGUUUGGAAGUGUCUCUGAGGUAGAUAUAGAUGCAUACUCCAUUGAUAGUGGGUUAGCUAUUCCACUGGCAACAAUAAAGAAAGAAAGGAAAUUCAAAGUGGCUCUACCAGCAGGCAUUGGUAAAGCAGCAAGCUAUUUGAAGGGUUCCUUUAUCAAAAGUGAUGGAAGUAAAGAGGAGGGUAGAGUUGUUAUAGUUAAUGAUAACAACACAGCCAUUGUAUCAUGCACAGCUCAAAGUAUUGGUGGAUAUGAACUAUCAGUGACUAUAAGAGGUCACCAUAUUAAAGGUAGUCCUUAUCAACUGUCAGUAAAAGCAUCUAGAGACUAUACCACACUAACUAACCAGAGAUCCUUUAAUGUGGGGAAUGAUACUUAUGGUGUUGCUGUUCAUACCAAUGGUGAAGUAUUUGCUAGUAGUAAUGAUGGGUUUGUUCAGGUAUUUAAUGAGGAUGGUACUGCAGUAAGAAGGAUUGGAUCUAAAGGUAAUGCUAAUGGACAGUUUAAUUUUCCUUUUGGUUUAUUGCUGGUAGGAGACAGACUCUAUGUGUCUGAUUAUAGUCUUAAUCGUGUGCAGUAUUUCUCAGCUACUACUGGUCAGUAUAUUGGUCAGUUUGGUAGUAAAGGUAAGGGAAAUGGACAAUUCUCUCGUCCUGAAGGUAUGUCUACUGAUGGUAAAGAAGAUGGUACAUUUGUACAAGUCAUACAAUGUGAUGGUCAAGCAACUGAUGUAGCAGUUGAUAAUGAAGGAAAGAUACACGUUACCAUUUAUCAGAAUCAUAUUAAAAUCUUCUCUCCUGAUGGUAAAACUCAUCUUCAUACGUACAAUAAUCCUCAUAGUGGCUCUACUUAUCUUCAAGGAGUUGCAAUUGAUGAUGAUGGACAUGUCUUAGUAUUGGCUUACAAGGGUGGUAGUGAUUCUUGUGUUUAUGCAUUGAGUUCUGACAAAAAACAAGUUAAAUUAAUCUCAGGAUUAUCUAAUCCAUAUGGUAUAGCACUGGCUAAGGAUGGAUAUAUUUAUGUUACUGAUACUAACAACAAACGUAUAAUGAAAUAUUAA